AUGGCCGAUGAUAGGGGUGCUCGGCUGGUUGCCUGCUGCUGGUCGAUGGCGGCAGCUGCUGGUAUCUUGCUGGCUAUGCGCAUUUACUGCAAACUGUGGCGCUCUAAAGGUCUGUGGUGGGAUGAUUACAUUUUGAUCGCAUCUUGGACAUCAUUGGUCAUAUCCGUGUCUAUCAACACAUACAUCGUUUCUCUAGGCUUUGGCCAACACAUAGAGACCAUUAGCGACGAUAACUUGAGGGAGAUCAACAAGUGCACCAUCCUAGUCGCCUUGUUCGGAAUAGUCGCAACCACUACCAGCAAGACGUCGUUCGCCCUCACAUUAUAUCGGAUUGUAAUCGACAGGUGGAUACAGUACUUCCUCAUCUUCGCCAUCAUCACUAUAAAUAUUUCUAUGAACCUGGUGUGGAUUUUUGGCUUUGCCAAAUGCACCCCACUGGCAAAGGUUUGGGAUCGCAAAGUGCCUGGCACAUGCUGGGACAAGAACCGGCUUGUCAAGUUCCAGCUUUUUGCUGCCUACUACUCAGCCAUCCUCGACUUUGUGUUGGCCCUUCUACCUUGGAAGAUAAUCAUGGGAAUGACCAUGCGACUCCGCGAGAAGAUCGGAGUGGCAGUUGCCAUGAGCUUGGGCGCAAUUGCCGGAAUCACUGGUAUCGUCAAGGCAGUACUGGUAGUCAACAUGACCAGUCCCGACAUCACAUACGACCGUGUUGACCUCACGAUUUGGACUCUAUCGGAGCCAGCGGCGUCUAUCAUGGCUAUAUCGAUACCUAUCUUGAGGAUGUUCUUUCUGGAGCUCCGGUCGAGUCAAAGAGAUGAUUCAAAGGACCUGUCGUAUAGAUACCAACUUGGAGGCAGUGAUGCCUUCAGAAGCCACGCGGCAACAGAUGCGGACGCAAGACGAUCCAGGAUGUGCGGCUUCAAAUCCAAGUACGGCGGCAAUCUGGUCAUUGUCACGUCCAACUCGACACGGCCCGAGUCUCAGGAGGCCCUCCAAGACCUUGGCAGUGGGGAGGGCCGCGUGGAGGAGGCCUCGAGCCAGGGUGGCGUACUGAAGACAGAGGAGGUCGAAGUCCAUCGUGAGAGCGCCAGCGACGAGGGCUCGAUAGAACUCAAAGCCGUGAACGGGGCUGGACAGCGGCGGCGACAUCAUUAG